AUAAAAACGAGUGAUUUCUUAUUUGUUUUAAGUUCAUUAUUAAACAGUCGAAAUGAAAUACUUGGUUUUUAUUUUUUUGGCCGCGUCUGUGUCGGCCAGUUUUACCGACGACUACUACCAGAUCCUGGCCAAGGAGGCUCCGGACGAAAAUCUAAUUUCCUCUCCUCUCUCCGUCGAAAUUGUUAUGGCCAUGCUGUAUAUGGGAGCCAAGGGGAAUACGGCCAAGGAACUGCAAACUGCUCUGAAGCUGCCUGAGGAUAGGAACGAAGUGGCCAACAAAUACAGGGAGUUCUUCACGAAUCUCGAAGGACGCGAGAAGGACGCAAUUCUUGAACUUGCCAACCGCAUUUAUGUCAAUGAUCAGUUCAAAUUAGUGCCAGAGUACAAUAAGAUUGUGGCUGACUCCUUCAAAGCCGAGGCAGUGCCUAUUAACAUGGACAAAAAUGCAGCAGCGAAUAUUAACACUUGGGUCUCUGGGCACACACGGAACAAAAUAACUGAAAUUGUUUCUCCUGAAAUUUUAGAUGAUGCUAUAACGAUUCUUAUAAACGCCAUUUACUUCAAAGGCCAAUGGAAGUAUAAAUUUGAAAAAGCUAGAACUCAUAAAGAAAUUUUCCAUACUGCUAAAGACAAGAAGGUCGAGGUAGACAUGAUGAAUAUGGAGAGCAACUUCAUGGCCAAUACGUUCCCUGACUUAGAUGCGAAGGUUAUUGAACUUCCUUAUCGAAACUCAAGUCUCUACAUGCAAAUAUUCUUGCCAAACAAAAUUGACGGCCUCAGUAAAUUGGAAAGCCAGAUCGGAGGCUUCAACCGAAAGCUCUAUAAACAACCUGUGAUCCUGAAAAUUCCAAAAUUUAAAAUAGAGUCUACAAAAUCACUCGGAAGUCUUCUUAAACAGUUGGGAAUUAAAACGAUGUUUGGUAUGGGUGCUGACCUGAGUGGCUUGAUUUCAGGCCGAGCACAAGUCAGUGGAGGAAUUCAAAAAGCUUUUGUGGAAGUGAACGAGGAAGGUGCCGAAGCAGCAGCUGUAACAGCUGUUGUUGCUGUGCAUAUAUGUGCAAAUUGUGCAACCCCUUCUCGAAUGUCAUUUAUAGCCGAUCAUCCUUUUGCUUAUGUAAUUCGUGACUCGGAGACAAUUUUCUUCCAAGGACAUUAUGUUCAGCCAUAAAAAUGGUAAUAAUUCAAUAAUUUAUUGAAAUAAAAUGUAACAACUCUAGAGAACUAAAUACUUCUUUAAAUGGGUCUCUUCAUUGUUUUCGGUAUUGGAUUUUAUUUUUGUAAACUGAUUUUUUAAUAAAUUUGUUAGAUAUUG